AUGUCUAACUAUACUCAAAUGACACCUGCCAAUCAAGAUGGCGGGGCACAAAUGGCCACUGUUUUAUGUUGUAAUUGUGGUGUUCCUAUGGACGGAUCUCAGGGAUUAGUAAUGUGUUACGAUUGUAUCAAAUUAAAUGUCGAUAUUACAGAGGGUAUCCCAAGAGAAGCAAACGUUUCUUUCUGUAGAAACUGUGAAAGAUUUUUACAACCACCAGGUCAGUGGAUCAAAGCCCAAUUAGAAUCUCGUGAGUUGCUAGCAUUAUGUCUUAGAAGAUUGAAAGGUUUAAAUAAGGUCAGAUUGGUUGAUGCAAGUUUCAUCUGGACUGAACCCCAUUCUAGAAGAAUCAGGGUCAAAUUGACGGUUCAAGGUGAAGCCAUGGCUAACACUAUUGUUCAACAAACAUUUGAGGUCGAAUACGUCGUUAUCGCUAUGCAAUGUCCAGAUUGUGCCAAGUCCUAUACUACCAACACUUGGAGAGCCACUGUUCAAAUCAGACAAAAAGUCCCACAUAAAAGAACCUUCUUAUACUUGGAACAAUUGAUUUUGAAGCACAAUGCUCAUGUUGACACUGUUUCCAUUCAAGAAUCAAGAGACGGUUUGGAUUUCUUUUAUGCUCAAAAGAACCAUGCUGCUAAAAUGGUCGAUUUCUUACAAGCUGUUGCCCCAAUUAAGGUUAAAAAAUCUGAAGAAUUGGUCAGUAUGGAUAUACAUUCUGGUUCUUCUAGUUAUAAAUUUUCUUACUCCGUUGAGAUCGCUCCAAUUUGUCGUGAUGAUUUGGUAGUAUUGCCAAAGAAAUUGGCUCAUUCAAUGGGUAAUAUCUCCCGUUUGGUAUUGUGUAACAAAGUUACUAAUUCUAUUCAGUUUAUCGACUCAAAUACCUUACAAAUUGCUGACUUAUCUGCUCCUGUCUAUUUCAGAAGUCCAUUCCCAUCAUUAUUGGAUGCUACCCAAUUAGUCGAAUUUGUUGUUUUAGAUGUUGAGCCAACUGGUGAUAUCAGAGGCAAAUACGUAUUGGCCGAUAUUGAAGUCUGUCGUGCUAGUGAUAUGGGUUCCAACGAUCAAAGUUUCUACGUUCGUACCCAUUUGGGUGGUAUUUUGCAUCCUGGUGAUUCUUGUUUGGGAUACUACUUGAGUAAUACAAAUUUAAACUCAGAUUUAUGGGACACAUUAGAUACAGACAACACUCCUGAUGUUGUGAUAGUGAAGAAGCACUACGCAAGAAAAUCUAAGAAAUCCAAGAAUAGAAAAUGGAAAUUGAAGAGAAUGGCAAGAGAGCACAACGAUAUUGUUGCCAAUGACGAUAGCAGACAAGCAAGACAAGAACAAGAAAAGGCCGAAAGAGAUUACGAAUUGUUCUUGCAAGAAUUAGAAGAAGAUGAAGAAUUGAGACAAACUAUUAACUUGUAUAAAGCUGGUGAAGAAGCUCCACGUAAAGAAGUCGAUGAAAUGGAUGAUGAAGAUGAUGAAGAUGCACCAGAAAUCGCUAUUGAUGAAUUAUUGGAUGAAUUGGAUGACAUGACAUUAGAUGAUACCCCAAUGAAUGAAUAG